GGAUGUAAAACAAAAGGAAAUAGGCCAUGAUGGCAUAAAGAACAGGUGGAGUCAAAACGUAAUGUUAAUUAUUUGUUCCUAACUUUAAAGGAGACACUUAAACACAAUAUUUUCGUUUUAAAAAGUGUUUUCGGGGGAGAGUAAUUAGCCACGAUCGCGAUUUAGAAUGCAGUGACUUCAGGCCUAUGGCAGAGGUACAGGAAACUCAGGCUUGUGUUGCGGCCGCCUCCUGCCCCCGAGAGCAGUAGGGCCCAGUCACGGCCCUAGGAAACGAUGUACCGUGCUGGGGAGAGGGACUUCCAGACGUCAGCGAGGAGGAUGGGCACCUCCCUGCUGUUCCAGUUGUCGGUUCACGAGCGAGAGCUGGACCUGGUUUUCCUGGACCACAGCUAUGCAAAGCCAUGGAAUGCCCAUCCAGACGCCAGCAGUGCCCGGCCCACACGGAUGCUGUUUGUCACUCCCCGUCGGCAGCAGGACACCACCCUCGAGUCGGACAUGUCCAUCGACGUGGAGACGGUGACGGCCACACCCAUGCCACUGUACGACAACCAGAAGGCGCGCAGCGUGAUGAACGAGUGCGAGAGGCACGUCCUGUUCGCCCGAACCGCCGCCGACGCGCCCCCGCCCCCGGAUGACUGGGAGGAGCACGUGAACAAGGUGGGAUGGUCCAUGGCUCAGAACAAGCUGUUUAACAAGGUCUUGAAGGCCCUGCAGGCCGAGCGCCUGGCCCGGCUGGCCAAUGAGAGCGCCUGCAACGAGCCGGUGCUGCGGCGCAUCGCCGUGGACAAGUGCGCGCGGAAAGUGCGCCACGCCCUGGCCAGCAUCAACUGGGACACCAAGCUGACGCAGUGGCUGCACGGCACGCUGGUGGAGUCGCUGAGCCUGGCCAUGCUGGCCGCCUACCUGGACGUGCUGCAGACGCUCAAGAGCAAGCUGCCGUCCCUGAUCGACAGGAUGCUGCUGUCCUCCUCCGUGAAGACGGGCGCGGCGGGGGCCGAGGCCCUCUCGCUGCUCCUGAAGAGGCCCUGGGACCCCGCCGUCGGCGUCCUUUCUCACAACAAGCCGAGCAAACUGCCUGGCUCUCCCCUCAUCCUGAUGGCUCCUUCUGGGCCCACCAAUCCCGCGUUCUCUACCUCCCGCCGAAUGCGCUUCUGGCAGUCUCAGCUCUCCUGCUUGGGAAAAGUCAUUCCCGUUAACACCCACCUGGUGAAUGGCGGAGCCAACGUGGGCAUCACGCAGUGUUUGGAACACAUGAUCACCGCUGUCAGGGGCAAAGUCCUGGAGGUGCACAGCCACUUCCCGCACAAGCCUAUCGUGUUAGUGGGCUGGAACGUAGGCGCACUCAUCGCCUGCCACGUCUCCAUUAUGGAGUAUGUGACGGCAGUAGUGUGCCUCGGAUUCCCUUUGCUCACCAUCAACGGGCCCAGGGGGGAUGUGGAUGACCCUCUGCUGGACAUGAAGACGCCCGUGCUGUUCGUGAUUGGUCAGAACGCUCUCCAGUGCGGGACCGAGGCCAUGGAGGAGUUCCGAGAGAAAGUGCGGGCGGACAACAGCAUGGUGGUGGUGGGCGGAGCCGACGACAACCUCAGAAUCAGCUCAACAAAAAUGAAGUCUGAAGGACUGACGCAGACCAUGGUGGAUCGCUGUAUCCAGGACGAGAUCGCGGACUUCCUGACGGGGGUGCUGACGCGGGCCGACGGCCACGGGCACGGCAGCGGCGAGCCGCGCGACCUGGACACGGAGAAGAAGAAGAAGCCGCGGCGGGAGCUGCCCUUCGAGCUGGAGCGCACGCGGCCGUCCUCCCCCGCCGUCAGGGUCCCCAUCUCCCCCUCGGGGUCAGAGGAUCUCUCCAGCGUGUGCAGCAGUCCCACCUCCAGCCCCAAGCCCAAAACCUCGGGCCUGUCCCCGGCGCAGAAGUCCAGCCUGAUCACUGCCACCCAGCUCCUGAAGACCCACAUGCAGCGCUCGGGCACCGUGCUCACGCAGAAACAGGCGCAAGCUCAGUUUGCUGCUUUUAUGAAACAAAACAUGCUUGUGAGGAAAAGCCUUCCUCCUGGCACCCCUUCCUGUGUCUUUGUGCCCGUUUCCGGGGAGCAGGCCGAGGGGCUGGAGAGGGAGGACCUGCGUGCCCAUCUGAAGAGGAGGCAGACGCCCAGCCCCACCCCCGCCAAGGCGUCCAAGCGAGCCAAGAUUAAAGUCACCAUCCUGUCCCACGGAGAGACAGCAGGGGGCGCCAACACCACCACUGCUCACGAAGUGGGGUCCUCAGGGAAGCCUCUCACCGUGACUGUGGGGCAGACCGUAUCGGGAGCCAAGGAGCUGUCAGGCCUGCUCACGGCACAAAGGUCCGGCGGUCUCUCGGAGAUGUCCGGCGGCUCCAGCUCCUUACACGCCCUCCAGAGCCGCAUGGGGUCGGGGGCCUCCUCGCCGGUCCACACGCAGGCCCCCGUGGCCGCCCAAGCGGCUCCCUCUGCCAGCAGCCUGCUGCAGGGCCUGAGCUUCAGUCUCCAGGAGAUCGUGACCAAGUCCCCCAGCCUGCCCUCCCCAGCGGCCAGCGUGGGCAGCACCACACAGGCUCCAGGGGGGAAGAUCCAGAGCCAGGUCUUGGGCUCCAUCGGCAGCGGCGGCACCCUCGUCAGGGCAGUACCGGUGACCUCCACAGGGGGCGUUACCAAGACCACCGCCAUCCACCAGCUGCUCACCAACGGGGGGCUGGCCAAGCUGGCGAGUAGCCUGCCCGGGCUGGCCCACAUCUCCAACCAGGGCGCCGCCGGGCUCAAAGCCCCCACCACCAUCACGGUGACGCUGCGGGGACAGCCCAGCCGAGUCUCCACGCUCAGCCCGGCUGGAGGCGGAGUGACGCUCGCCAAGCCCUCCGACAUACAGUGACCCCCACCGGCCGCACCAGACUUGUUAAGUAAUAUCAGACGGCAGAAUGGUGAGGCUGACUAUGCUUGUCCUGUUUCGGGAGCGAGCGGCGGCCACGAGGACUCCCCGCCGGCUCCUUCACCAGUCCAGCCCCCCGCCGCCCCCCCCGGACCCAUCGGAGGACGCUGGCCGAAGGGAGGGGCACCGGGCGAGAGAGCCCUGAACCCGUCCUCCUGACCCCAGCGUCCAUUGACCCGGGGCAGGGUCUGCUAACUCCUGCAGGGAGGGCACAUGACCCCCCCCAGGCGUCUCAGAGAGCCGUCCCCACCGCUUCAGAUGCCGCCAGUGUGGCAGUCCUGGCAUCUACAGGGCCACCUUGCGUCCUGGCCCUUCCAUGGUAGGGCCCCCGGAGUCAGCUGCACUAAGGGGGUGUUGUCUGGUUAACUAAUUCUCUGCUGUAGGGUAAAGGUAGAUUUAAGAUGGGCAUAUGUCAGCUGCAGUGUAGUAGAAAGGUUUCUGUUAAUGCCUUUUUGAUGACCAAAUGGGCCUUUGGAUACGGGGUUCAAAUAGGUGGGCAAGUAUUCCACGUACGUAAUUUGUAGUUUCUGAAGGUGGUAUAGUGGAACACAAGAGCAUCUGGAUUGUCACAUCACUCCCAAGAAUACUGCUUUUGAUUUCUUUUUAAUAUUUGAGACUUCAAAAAUGAAGCCUUACUGAAGUUCAGUGUCAUCACUUUUGAGUUUGUAGUCAUUUUCAUGCUGUGGCAUUGUAAGGCAAGAGUUUUAGAGUUGCGUGAAACGCAAGCUGGCAUUUUUGCUUUGUUUUCUUCCCUUUGUCAGUCCAACUUUAUAAAUGGGUUAUGUGUUUUUGAUUGUGAGCACUGUGGAAUAUAACUUCUGCUGAACAAAUAGAUCAUGUAUUGUUACAGAAUGUGCAAGGAGUUGAGGUUGUUAUAAUUGAACCUGAUAAGCUUGGCUUGAUUUAAAAACAACAAAAAAAAAACAUUGUCCAUCAAAACAAAUGCUGUGGAAUGGAUUGCUUUUCCAAAUAAAUGUUCAAAGUUGGA